UAUUUUUAGUAUUCCCGGGCCUAGUAAAGAAAUAUGCAAUGCCCUUUCACUUGUCAUUUGAACCACGGCUGUCGUCCGGCGCCUCCUUAAACCCCUUGGCUGCCGUAGAAUGACCAUAAAGCUCUUCUUCAAGUAUGCUCUUCCUCACUCACUUUCCACUUGUUUUCUUUUUCAUCCAUUGAAAAUAUCUUCAAGAUUCAUAUGCAACAAGAAUACCCUUGAUAAAUUGGUAGACCCACAGUUGAAAUUCCAAGAAAAUGACCAAUAUUUUCCACAAGAAGAAGAAAAGAAGUUAAAAGAAUCAUCUUUUUCAGUUCAAGAAUUGGGUUUCUUGCAAGAUUCAAUCUUGGGUUCAGUUAACUCCAAAACUAAGACUGGUAAGUUUCCGGAUAAUGAUGCUUUAUUGGUUAUAAAUGCUGUUAGGAACUGUAAUGAUGGGUUUGGAGAUAGAACUGAGAAAGCACUUAGGCAGUUUAGAGAGAAACUCAACCCUGGUUUAGUAGUUGAUGUUUUGAGAAAUAUACAUAACCCUGAAUUAGGUGUGAAGUUUUUUAAGUGGGCUGGUAGACAAAUUGGUUAUGUGCAUAAUGUAUCUGUUUAUGAUGCUUUAUUGGAUGCAAUAGGAUGUGAUGCAAACAAUGGUCUACCAGAACAUUUUGUUCAUGAUAUAGGAAAAGAUGAUAGGGAAGUGCUUGAAAAGUUGCUUAAUGUGUUGAUAAGGAAGUGUUGCAAGAAUGGGUUGUGGAAUUUAGCACUACAGGAGCUAGAGAGUCUCAAGGGUUCCGGUUACAAGCCCUCGGGGGCGACUUAUAAUGCAUUGCUUCAGGUGUUUCUACAAGUAAAUAACUUGGAGACUGCAUCUUUAAUAUACAAGGAGAUGUCGGCAUUGAAUUUUAAGAUGGAUAAGCAAACGAUUAAUAGCUUUACACGAUCGUUGUGCAAAGUGGGUAAAUGGAGAGAAGCCCUUGAUUUAAUUGACAAGGAAGAGUUUGUCCCUGAUACAGUUAUUUAUACUAAUAUGAUUUCAGGAUUAUGUGAAGGUUCCUUCUUUGAAGAAGCAAUGAAUUUUCUCAACUUAAUGCGGACUAAUUCGUGUAUUCCUAAUCGUGUAACAUAUCAAGUUUUGCUUUGUGCAUUAUUAAACGGGAGAAAACUUGGUUGGGUCAAGAGGGUUCUGAAUCUUAUGAUUUCAGAAGGUUGUUAUCCAGGUCAGAAAAUAUUUAAUUCUCUUGUACAUGCAUAUUGCAUAUCAGGAGAUUACUGGUAUGCCUACAAAUUGCUCAAAAAAAUGGAAGGCUGUGGCUGUCAGCCAGGAUACGUAGUUUACAACAUAUUGAUUGGUGGUAUUUGUGGCAAUGAGGAGUUACCAACCAAGGAUGUACUAGAAUUGGCUGAAAAUGUGUAUAGUGAAAUGCUGACUGCAGGACUAGUAUUGAAUAAAGUCAAUGUGGCCAAUUUUGCUCGAUGCCUCUGUGCGUGUGGAAAAUAUGAGGACGCUUUUAGUGUUAUUAAGGAAAUGAUGCAUAAAGGUUUUGUACCUGAUGCCAGUACAUACUCGAAAGUGAUUGGUUUUCUUUGUAAUGCCUCCAAAGUGGACAAGGCAUUCCUGUUGUUCCAAGAAAUGAAGCAAAAUGGAAUUGUUCCAGAUGUUUACACUUACACAAUUUUGAUUGAUAGCUUUUGUAAAUCUGGCCUUAUUCAACAGGCUCGUAAUUGGUUCAAUGAAAUGAUUGAAAAGGGUUGUACUCCUAAUGUAGUGACUUAUACAGCUAUUAUCCAUGCUUACCUCAAGCAAAGGAAAAUUUCAGAUGCAAAUGAGCUCUUUGAAUCAAUGUUAAUGCAAGGAUGCAUCCCAAAUAUUGUCACUUUCACUGCUUUGAUUGAUGGAUACUGUAAAGCUGGACACAUAGAGAAGGCUUGCCAGAUCUAUGCAAGAAUGAAGGGGAGUUUAGAUACCCCUGAAGUAGAUUUGUACUUCAAGGUUGAUCUUGAUGAUGGUAAUAAGGAGCCAAGUGUUGUUACAUAUGGAGCUAUGGUUGAUGGUUUGUGCAAAGCACACAAGGUGAAAGAAGCUCGCAAUCUUUUGGAUGUCAUGUUAGCAGAAGGAUGCGAGCCAAAUCAUAUUGUUUAUGAUGCAUUAAUCGAUGGGCUCUGCAAGGUUGGUAAGCUAGAUGAUGCACAGGAGAUAUUUGCUAAAAUGUCAGAGUGUGGAUAUAGUCCGAGCGUUUACACCUACAGCUCUCUCAUUGAUAGGCUAUUUAAGGAUAAACGUUUGGAUCUUGCUGUAAAAGUCUUGUCUAAAAUGCUCGAGAGUUCUUGCCCCCCAAAUGUUGUUAUAUACACAGAGAUGGUAGAUGGCCUUUGUAAAGUUGGUAAAAUAGAUGAAGCUUAUAAACUAAUGUUGAUGAUGGAAGAAAAGGGUUGUCAUCCAAAUGUUGUGACCUAUACUGCAAUGAUGGAUGGAUUUGGCAAAGCUGGAAAAGUGGAUAAAUGUCUUGAACUCAUCAAGAGGAUGGGUAAUAAGGGUUGUGCGCCAAAUUACAUAACCUAUUCAGUUGCAAUAAAGCAUUGUUGUGCUGCAGGACUUUUGGAUGAUGCUCUCCAACUCCUAGAGGAAAUGAAACAAAUAAGUUGGCCGAAACACAUGGCCAGCCAUCUUAAGGUUAUUGAAGGCUUCAGACGAGACUACUUAAUCAGUCUGGGUCUAUUAGAGGACAUGAGCAGUAACAAUUUCGUUCCAAUUGUUUCAGUUUAUAGGCUUCUAAUUGAUAGCUAUCAAAAAGCUGGAAGACUUGAAUUUGCCGUUGAGCUACUUAAAGAGAUAUCAUCAUCUUCACCAUUUCCACAUCUUGAUAAGAAAAUGUACUCUUCUUUGAUUGAGUGCCUUUCUGCUUCAAACAAACUUGAUCUGGCAUUUGAAUUAUACGUGGACAUGAUAAAGAAAGGUGCAGUUCCGGAGCUGACGGACUUUGUUAACCUCAUUAAGGGUUUAAUAAGUGUGAAUAAAUGGGAGAAUGCACUUGAACUCUCUGAGAGUUUGUAUUACAUGUUACAUGCAUCGAAAUCAACCACCAUUCAGCUCCUUUAGAAGUCAAGAAAUGAUACCUUGAGACUAUCUCAUUAGCUGAUGCUCUCGCAAACUAUGGCACAUUACCAAAAAAAGGGGGCAAAUUGCGAAGGUUCUUUUGAGGAAUGUACUGGUAACCUCCGCAAAUUGCACGACGUUGCGGGAAUCACAGUUGGCUCGGUCAUUUCAGGCCACAGCACAACCGACUCAUUCAUUUCAGGCCACAACAUAACCGACUUCUUCCGUUCAGGUUACUUCAAAGGCGGCACCAUCCCAUAAGCUCCAUAGACAUGAGUCUAUGCAUCAUUGGAGUGUAGAUGCAAUAGAUUCACAAGCACAAAAGGCUCAAACUGAGGACUAGAAGUGUUAAGUUUAUCUUGGGGAGAAUCUAUGGACACUCUAUUGGAUUACCUAGAGCAACCGAUUGGUGAAGCACAAGGCCUUCUCACAGGCUUAUGUGGUCUUUAAGCAGCUGAUUGUUCCAUAUAUCCAAUUAGCUUUGAUAAAUGGCCUGAUCUACCUAAGUCCUACUUCAACCACUGCUUUGAUAAUAUCAUAAAGCCCCGUUUUUGUUUUAUGACAAACUCUAUUGGAAAGAAGUAGGCUGCAAGUAGGAAGAAGUUGUGGAACAAGUUCAACGAUCCACUUAAAAGCAAAGAUAAGAUUAUGGAUAAUGUUCCAAUAGGUAUUGCUCGGGAUCAAUGGACUUCUUUGUGAACUACUGUGCCAAAGAAGAAACUCAGAAUAUGUGUAAAAGAAAUGCUGAAAAAUCGGAACAAGCAAACAGUUCCACACACCGGUGGCUCCAAAGUCCAAACCUAACUCUUGAGAAGGGCUGAAUUGGUGAAAGAUGUUACCUUAUUUAUUUUACUUUACUGAUUAAACUUGCUAAUCAUGUAACUAUUUCCUUCUACUUUAGCUAAGUUAUUCCUACUUAACUUUUUCAUAAAUAGAUGGCUGACUCGGGGAUAAAGCCCUGAUAAGCACAACUUUAUCUUGCCACGCAUAAGAAACAAUGGAUCAUAUGUGAGUGAGGAGGCAAGAGAAUAUGUGUAAGUUGCGCUCUUUGCUCUUUAUCCCUUCUAGCAAUAGAAUCAUUAUUUGCAUCUUGGUAUGAGUUCGUAAUGUUGGUAACAACAUGGAUCAUAAGUCCAUUACUUGAGGAGCUCUUGCUACACUUUGUAGAACUAAAUUCUAGUUUGUUCUGUGCCUCUGAACAAACUUUUGUAGUCUGUGAUGCUCCACUAUAUGCUCCAGAAAUGCAGGACUUUGUGUUUGAGCCAAAAUCAAAGCAAGGAAAAAGAAAAGAAAGAGGCGACUGAUGUAGCUGCUUGUUUGAUAGUGUCUUGCAACUGUUAUGGUUAUGUAGAUCAUAAAUAGAAACAAUUAAAAGGACUAAAUUUCUGUUGUAUGGUGUAAGUUUCAUUUGGUACUUAAAUUUCCAGUCCUAUCACUUUUCUCCCAAAACUGAGUCUGGUGGCUAAGUCAAAUGUGCUUCUUACAAGCCAAAGUAUAGGUAUCACUGUCAAUGUUUUGACUCACCUCCAAUUUUACUUGCAAAACUUGUUUCUUUGAUGUUAAUAUCUUUUUCUUAUUUCCUAGUAUUCACAACAUGGAAAGCUGGCAACCUUCUAAAUCUAUGUAGUAAAUGCUAAAUUUGUCUUUCUUCCAUUGAAAACUCUUCUCUCUUUUAAGUAUAUGCUGCCUAUUAGUUAAUUAUUCUCAUGUGGGUAAAAUGUUGAUUCAUGAUAAAGGCUUUCUGGAUUGUUGUAUGUGUUUAGGAAAAACUUCAGCACAUUGAGUCAAACUACUAUCGAUGAGUCUGAAAUUUCUCCAUGUGAUGUCAUCAGUUAAGUGCUAGGGAAAGAGCAUCCUGGAAGAGAAAGAUGUUUGGGAUUAAGAGCUGCUCCUAGUAAUACUUUUAAACAGACAAAUCUCCGUGUUGGUGGUACUAGAAUCUCUUCAAGUAGUGGUGUUGUAUUUUCUUCACAAUGCCAAGAGAAGUACAACCAAUUGUUGAAUACUCUCAAAGCAUAAAUGAUAAUGAAGGGACAAUACCUGAACAAUAUGCUGGGAUCUUUACUUCUCCUACAAAGCCCAGUGAUGCAGCUAGCGGACUGUUUCACCCAUGGAUGCAUGAUCAUCUAGUGGUAGUAAAUUAGUAAUCCCAGUGACCACCGUUGAGAUGCCUUGUAAUUGGAGUUGAUGUAUUAGGAUAAAUUCUUGCUUGGAUUCUGUACUAUUGGAGUUCUAAGUUAUUGAAUAAAAGGUCUGUCUACAUGUUCGGGUACACAAA